GAUGUUUGCAGGCCCCUUUUAAUAGGCUUGUGAAUAUGAAUAUGAAAGAGUUAAUCCAGUUGUAUGUUUUCAUAAUAUUCAUAUUCGAAAUCACAGUUUAUUAGCUGUUUUUAUUUCAAGGUUUCAAGCAGAGGGCAUCAAGUUCAACUUUCAGCCUACUUAGCAUCAGAACAUGGAGCCAACUUCCCAGCCUGUUAAUCUUCCUACAGCCAUUUCCAUGGUAACAGAAACAAAACUUUUCCAGUGCUACGAUAUAAGGAUAAGUUUGUCAGUGAGGUACAUGUAGAUUGUGCAGACUUGCACAUCAAACUAGAAUGGCUAAUUAUCGGAAUGUACUUGGAGGGCGUGUUGGAGGAGCAAGUCGACAGAUCAGCACUACUAUAAAACACCUUGCAGAUGAACAAGAAAGAGUGCAGAAAAAGACUUUCACAAAUUGGAUCAACUCCUAUCUGUCAAAGCAUCGACCACCUUAUGAAGUAAAGGAUUUAUUUGAAGAUAUCAAAGAUGGCACAAUACUGCUAGCCUUACUGUCAGUUCUUUCUGGUGAACGAUUGCCUGUUGAGCAAGGUAGAAACUUGAAGCGAGUUCACUUUAUUACAAACAUUAACACUGCUCUCAGGUUUCUUGGAGCGAAAAAGAUAAAACUGGUUAACAUAAAUGCAAGUGACAUUGCUGAUGGGAAACCUCACAUUGUGCUAGGCCUUAUAUGGACUAUCAUUGUCAACCAGUUCUAUGACCCAGAACAAAUUGAGCAAAAUGCUCUGCAGGCCCUCAAACUUGAAGAGCUCUCUGCAAGUAAUUCAAGUCUAGAUAGUGCUUCAGGGGGUGCUGGAAAUGGGCCUUCGCCAGCAAAGCGACCAGCACCGACCAAAGGCAGGCUUACUGCUAAGAAAGCACUCCUUGAGUGGGCUAAGAAGGCAUCUGCAGCAAAGGGCCAACAUAAGAUUGAUAUAGAAGUCAAAGACUUUGGUCCAAGUUGGCGUGAUGGCCGAGCAUUUAGCACCCUCUUACACAACAUCAGAGAAGGCCUUGUGGACUUGAAUAAACUGAGUUCCAGAAGCAAUAUCGAGAAUCUUUCCAAUGCUUUUGAUGUUGCCGAAAAACAGCUUGGCAUUGCUAAGUUACUGGAUCCCUAUGAUGUUGACACUGCUAAACCAGACGAGAAGUCUAUUAUGACAUAUGUUUCCCAGUUCUUUCAGACAUUCCCAGAAGUUGGAAGAGAAACACAAACUGCUGCAGCUUUUGAGGAACAGAAAAUGCGUAGUGAAGUAAUGGAAUGGAUUGGCAAGAGUCAAUCAACAAUCGCAAGCACAAAGCCACAGCAUAUCACCCGUGAAGAAACCUACUUGACAUUUCUCGAGAUUCAGCGAGGGCACAUAAAAAGUAAACACCUUGUAAGAGAAAUUAAAACAAAAGACCAGAAGAAGAUGUUAAUUCAGCUAACACGAGAGGAAGUUGACCUGACCAUAGAGGAGUGGACCAAGGUGUCAUCUAAUUAUGAAAAAUGGAGGGAUCAGAUAGAGGGCUCACUACCAUUCCAACUGAAAGAGAUUACAAAUUGGUUACGAGGGGCUGAGGAGCUGUUAGACAGAGAUAAUGGACAAAUUGAAUUAGAAAAUGAAACAGCUAGCAGCAUUACAAGAAAGUGUGAAGAAUUCAGAGUAUUUUUUCAGAGUUUAGAUCGAGUUAGGCAUACAUUCCAACAAAUACAGUCCACUGGUGUCAGUGACGGAAGAAACAUUGCAAAACCGAUUCUUACAAGUAUUUCAGAACGUCUGGAGGAGGUCGUAGUUUGUUGGCGUCACACACAGAUUAAGUUAAACUAUUUGGAAUGUAAAUACAAUCUGCUUGCACUGAUCGUAAAAACUGAAGAAAAAUUCUCGUUUUGGAAUGUCAAGUACGGAAGCCAAGAAGAAGUUAAAGCUAUUUUGCAAGAUUACAGUAAAUUUAUCGAAGAAAAUCAGUGGUUUGACCAGUAUGAGGCAGGAUUAAAAGCCCUAGAAAAGGAGACAGAAAACUACAAAGCCGUUAUUGACAAGGAUGAAAAGCAGGUCGUCACUAAUUUUCUACUAAACAUGCAAAAGAAGCGCACAAAUCUGACGGUGGAAAUACGGAGUGUUGAGACCAUGUUGGAGGAGGUGAUUGAAAAUUGGAAGAAAUAUGAUGCGUGCAGUGAACUGGUUGAAACGUGGCUUAGUGAUUCCUCAGCUGCUUUGCAGAACCCAAACUCGGAAGCUAAACUAGUAAGCGUAUUCAUAUAA